CAGAGGAAAAGUCCGUCCCUUCAUUGUUUUCCCCCUGGAUGCAAGUGCAGCUGUCGGGAAAUUUACCCGUUGUUGGCUCGGCUAAGGUUAAGAGAACCCGUUGCUAAUGUAUCCGCUUUAUUCUUAUAUAUUUUUAAAAGUUAUGCUGCUAUAAAACUGAAUUCCCCACAGAAAUCUAGGACACCUGUGCAGAAAAACCUUAGUUGUGGAGAUGCACCUAUCCUGCUUGGAUGUGCUGUUCCAAACUAUCAGUUUAUUUUCAAAGGCACAAUCCUAAACAUCUAUCUAUGUAGCUAUAUAAAGAGAUGCUGCCCAUGUAACUAGGCUUACGGGAAGAUAAAUGCAUUCAAUUUUACUAGUAGGGAUGUUAACUUUCUUUUCCCUGACUUGCAAAAUGUAGGUUGUCCAUGAAUAAUUCACCAAUUUUUAUAACAUGCUGCAGUUUAGGUAGACUUAACCUCAGAGGAUUGCUUGACUAUUUUAUGUUUUCAUGACAACAUUUAGUUCUUAAUUCAAUAUUUUAAUUACCAGAUAGCAAACACUGAGUUUUAAGAUAAGAUAUUCAGCAUUUGUAGAAGCCUUAAUUAAAAUCACCCCAGAGACAACUGUAAAAUACAGAAAUAAUUAGGGUAGUGCUUAGAAUGGGAUAACCACAAAUAAAAGUGGGGUUUUCCAUCCCUGUGCAGAAAUUCAAAAGAAUUGUGCCCAGCAAUUUGCACUUUGAGUGAAUUGGUCUUUCACAUGUCUUCAGCUGUCAGAAAGUUAGUUGUGCUUGGGUUACUUGUCUAGACUCCCAUGUAGAUGAUGGAAUGGGAGCAGAAAUAGCAGUGGGAAAAGCAGCAUAGCAAUUUAUCUUCUUUUUCGGAGGUGCCUGUCUUUAUCUGCCAUAAAAAGAGACUUGGACACAUUAUUUUUAGACAGUUGAAGCUGGCUCAGAUGAAUGGUAAGCUAUGAGUCCUCAACUUCUGGGUCCCAAGUGUCCUUCUAGAGAGGUUGACAUACUCCUGUGUUGAAGAAAUGGGUACUACACCACAGGGGGGGAUCAAACUGGAGUUCAGUUUACACAGCUGUAGGUGUUUGAGCCUGGAGUGAGCUCUGUCUCAUGGAAUUGUUUCUGGUAGACAAUUCUUGAUAUCCUGGGAAUCUGUGAGCUCAAUGGAUUUACAAAAGGGCUGACAUGGAUUAAUGUAGUAGGAGUAUAUUGAACUGUUGGGGCAUAGAGGCAGAAGACCCAAAACCAGGUUUUCCAUGUUAUGUGACUGUGGUCAUCCUUGGUGUAGCAGUGGGAUUUUUCUCCUGGGGUAACAUUCUGUGUUUGGUGCUAGUGCCUAAAAUCAUUGUGCAUGUUAUUGAGAGGGAGAUGAGCAUCAGCUUGCUCCUGAUGUGCUCAGACUGACAGAUGUCAGGCUGUAGCGGGCACAGAGGGAGAAUCCUUUCCUGGAAGGAUUUGUAGUGUAAAUAUUCAGCACGAGGUGUAAGGGAAAGAGGCAGGAAGAGGUGAAGUAGUUUGCCUACAAAGGCAGGCAUCGUUGGGUUUUGAAAUCUCUGAAAGCAGCAGCCUGUGCAAAGUGCCUGUCAGUGUACAGCUGGCUCCCUCCUGUGCCAAAUAUUGCUGGAAAAAAAAGUAAUUAACCUUGGAUUCCCACUAAGAUUGCAGGCUGGAGGUAAUACUUGUUUCACAGGGUACUCUAUGUCCCAGUGGGGAAAAGGUGGACAAAACCUGUAAAUUAAAUGUAGUAGGUAUCAGAUACCUGACUUCCUGAGUCUCUCUGAAAAUCACAUUGUAGUUGUCUGGCUGGAGAGACAGAACACAAAGAAAGGACUAAGUUUCAAAGGAGCUUUACAAUUCUUUGUUGGUACAGCCCUGUUAACUUGGUUCUUUCCUGGUGAGAUGUUUGCCUUGUUCUGUGUGUGUAUAGAUGCCCUCCUGCCAUCAAGAUAUAGUCCUUUUUUUCCCACAGGAAUUCAGAUGAUUGGUAUUUUCCUUUGAGGAGUUAUUGAAGGGUCAUGGUCAGAAAAAGCUCUGCAUAGUUUUAUGGGGCAGGAGUUUGUUCCAUCCCCUAAGUGCAUGUACACCUCCUCCUGAUAUUUCACUGUAAAUUUUUUUCAUUUUUUUGGACUAAAUCUUUCCAGUUUGGAGCCAGCACUUCUGUGAGAUGACAUGAGGGCAUUUUGGAUGAUGGAUUAUGUAGUUUCAGACCAGUGGGAGAGUAUAGACCUCAGUCAGAUCUUGCAGCUGGCCUGAUUUAUGUUCUGCUGUUCAGCUGAAUUAGCCUCCCUCUUCUGGAAAGCCCAAGCAGUAGCUCACAGAAAGGAAAAGGAAGCUCUCAUUUAAUGCAUUUUGGAUUUUGGUGCAGGGACUCCCAAAUUUUUUGGAACAUGAGCCAGCAUGCAUGAAGGAGAUGCUUGUUUUAGUGGUGAAGAAAGAAAUUUACCAGUGGCCCAUUCUGACAUAUGGGAAGCAGAGCUUGGAGAGGUGGGAAAGCCUUCCUUUGGGUGGGGAAGUGAGGAUGGGGGAUAGCCCCUCCAGUGCUGCUUGUGUCCUACUCAGAGCCAGGAGCUUCUUCCUCUCAUGGAGGAGCUGUUUUUUUUCUGUUGCAGUAACAAAUAAAACACUUGAGAUGGCUUAGUUUGAGAAAUCUCAGGAGACAUUAGCUACAACGCUGCUCUUGUGCAUGUGCAUGUCUGAGCACUUUUGUAAGGCAAUUAUGGGUCUUUAAUUUUAAAACUGGGACCUCAGAGGUGACUUUUGGCAGAAACAAGAGGCACGAUCUGCAUCUCCUGUUCAUCUGACUCGGGUGUUGUUUCUUUUAAGAGCUGUUGGCAUUAUGUACUUAUCAGAUCUGUCUGUUACCACUGGGCUGCAUUUCCUUUUCAGGGCUAGAACGGAAUCAGGAUCACUAAUGUACUGUAGUUUAGCAGGGAGGUGAACUGCUUGUAAAUUGUUGAUGCCAUCUUUUAUUGCAUGUGAUAGUUCAGGGGGAGUAACAGCCUGUUCUUCAGCACAAAUUGCUCUAUGGAUCUGGGAAGACCCAGGAUAAAAAUCUCUGUUUCUCGAGCUACUCUCCUUUCCUUUAAAAUUGCUCAUGUUGUGUGCAGUGUUAAAAAGUAGACUUAGAAACAAGACUAUAAAUCUUUUGGAUUGCUGUAGAUAAUGAGCGGGAUAAGGAAAAAGGAAUUCUCAGGUCAACUCUUCAUCCCACAUUUCUUUUCUGCUGCAGUUCUAGAUUGAACAUGAAAAGGGAUAGGUAGAGUAACAGAGUAGAAAUCUGUAAUUGAAACAGCCCAUGGCAGAAGCAGAGAGAUUGUUGUGCUUUUUUCCAGCCCUUUGCAGUUGCUGUGCUGCUCAAAUGUCUUGCUUUGUACAUUCCUUGUAGGAAUAACUCUGACCAGGCAAGGAUAUGAUGCAAUGUAAGGUCAUAGUAAAUGUGAUGUGUGCAGAAAACAGGAGACAAGUGGGCAUUGAUUGUUCCGUGGAAAAUCUUUUUUAAAAUAAUUUUUUAUUUCCCAUAUGAAGGUCAUGCAUUUUAGAUUAAAAUAUUUGAGGUAAGCAUAAACAUGUUAUAAUGUAGGAUAGGUUUUUGUGUCUUAUUUACCAGGUCUGUAAUGAACCAAUUAAUUGUUCAGAGUGCACACAACAUUGCUGUGUCUGAGAGCUUGUGGUGCUUAUCAUGAGGUAAAGGUGUAGAAAGGUAAUGUGCUCCUUUAGGAGCCUCGGCCUCACUCGUGUGGGAGUUCUGCUGCAAAGCAGAGCUGAGAAAUGAGUGAUCCGGAAGGUUGCUGCACAGUUCCUGACGUUCUUCCUUCUUUCCAGUGAAGUUUUUGAGUUCCUCAAAACAGCUGCUUAACUGCUGCAGGCUCAGGGCCAAGUGAAACGUGUCCAGAUGUGGUGGGACAGGUGUGCUUCAUUCAGUUAACAUGACUGAUCUCCAGUUUCAUCCUUCUUUAUCUCUACUGACUAAUUAAUACAGAAUAAUUGGGCAUUUUUCUUACUUGGUUCUUUUGUGGUUUUAAUGCCAUGCAUUCUACAGAUAUUUUUAUGUUUUUGUAUAUGUCUUCUUUCAACUGUUUGGAGCAUUUGGGAAGAGGAGCAUCAUGAUUCACAUCUCUCCUUCCCUCUUUUUUAAAUGUAGGUUGUCAACACCUUACAGAGACAAGGCUGAGUAUUUGAACUUUAAAGGCUUUGUAAAUAGAACACACGUAAUUAAUGCACACUUAGUUCUAUUUUAAUCAUAUUUUUAAGCUACUCUAAUGAUGUUGAGAGAUGCAACCUGAGAUUUUCCUGGUUGGAUUAUUUCAGAUGGCAAAUAAUGCAUAUAAAAUAUGCUGAAAAUGAUCAAACACUUAAAACUAAAAUUCUAACUAUUUUAUUCAUACUUUGGGAUAGCUAAAAUAUUAGAUGUAAGAAAAGGCAAGCAGAAAAUGGAAUAGGAGACCUUGUACACGAUUGUUGCAUGCAUUACUCUGACCAGAGCUAUGCUGGCUUCAAGGUCCUUGAAUUUGCUGAAGGAAAAGUGGAAAAAAGAGGGGAGAAGUGUGGAUGAACACAGGAGCCUCGUGGCCCUGUGGUGCUGCACAAGAUUUUUUGCUUUUCGUUUUUUUGGAGAUGUCUUGACAAUAUUUUAGUCAAUAAAUACCAAGCAUCAUCCAUCUUUAUUUUGAGGAGGUAUUGCAGUCACUUCAGAUACAUCAUUUCUGUCACAAGGUUUACAGUUAAGGAUAUCUUCCUUCCUAGGAAGCCUCUCUUGAAAGGGCACUUUUGAAAGGAUAUGUGUGUCCCUGCAGAAGUCAGAUGAAUCACCUCAGUGAUCACCCAGAUAGUGGGGUCUGAAAGGAAGGUAGAUAAAAUGAAAAUAAAUGUCAUAUUUCAAAUUAUGCUGAAAAAUUAAACUGAAUGUAUAAGAACAAAUGUAUUGUGGAUUUCAUAAAAGAAAAAUGAGAUUCAACGUGAAAGUUUAGAGUCUUCUCAAAGCAAGAAGUCAGCAUGAGUCAAUUUGUUUUGUCUUUGUUACAUUUUUAAUAGCUAUAAUUUUUUUCUUCAUAAUAUUAAACACUACAUUACUGUAUCUUUGUGAUUUUGGAUGUGGAGGAUGAGUGGAAGUGUAACAGCAAAAAAGACAAUAAGACCUCGUUUAAAAAGAAUCUAUAAGAAGACAACAUAUCUGGUUUUACUUCUGAUUUUGUUGAGGAAUAAGAGAGCAGCGCACUGUGGCUGUUCACAGUGUGCACUCUGGGCUCAAGUCUUUAUUUCUGAGUACUCCUAAGUGGGAAAUAUGCCUGAGGUUUAAGACAUUAAAUCAAUUCUGUGUUUAACAGAGUACAAAUCCUCUCUGUUAUGCAGCCUUUUUUACAGAUUUAAAGAAAGUGAUACAGAAGAGAAAAAACAAAUUAAAAAAAAAAAAAAAGAAAGAAUGGAUCGUGUCCUGUUUGCCAGAGCAGUUUUGCCACAUCUUUCAAAAAGUAAAUAGCAAUUAGCAUUGCUUAUACUGUGCUGCUGCUCAGGCUAUUUCAGGUAGUCCAGAAAUGCCAGCCACAGAUAACAAGGUGAAAAGAUCAAAUGCUUCAUCCUAGGAGAGACCUGCCCUUGCUAAUGAGUUUCACAGUCUCUUUGCUUGAUGUGUAACUGAGCUGCCCCGUUGUGUUCACUGAAAUGCUCGGGGCUUGGAUUGGGUUUUAGGAUGUUUGUAGCUGUGAUAAAGUGAUUAAGAUUGUACAUUUUGAUGUAGAUAGCUGGAAGGGCAGGCCUAUCCUUACAGCCUGAAUGGAAUUAGUUCUGCCCAAUGACAACUUGUGGGCUGGCAGUGCUGCAUCCAGCGAUGGCAACGGACCUAUUUUGUGCACUGUCAACAGAGCAACAGAGCUCGUUGUUGAGAGACCACACCCACAAAAACCAAUCCCCACCAGGACUUAGGAGGCUGUUUCUCCGUCUGUGGGUUUGAACCUGCAUCAGUUUGGAUGUUUGCCUUCCAAAGCUGCCCAUGCAGGUGCUACUGUGUCCACUUUAAUGCAGAGCCCUUGCGUGCCCCGAGGUGCGUGUGGCAUUUUUCCCUUGGUUCUGUGUUUUUUGCAGACUGACAGGGUUUGCUUAGAAAGGGCUGUUUAAUAUUUUGGUUUGCCCUUGGCAUUCAUUGCAUGGACUCACAUCUCUUCUAAUGUACUGAGUGUAGAAUUAUUAAUUUCCUUUUCAGUUUUUCUGUCUGGCCUUUUACUCCUGUGUCUGAGUUUUUCAGCAAAGUAAAAAAAAAAAUUAAUUUUCACAAUGCUCCUGUAAGAUGAGAGCCAACUGUUCUUUUUUCUAAAGAUGAGGAAGAGAGGCAUAUAGGACCUAAGAAACAAAUUUGGAACUUGAAAGAUUUCUUUAUCUCUAGGUAAUGUGUGUAUAUAUGUGUGUGUAUAUAUAUAUAUAGUACAUUGUAUGUAUUCAAAGUACACGCUCCAUUAAGUCAUAUUGUUUAUCAGCAGCACUUGGUAUCUCCAUGCCCAUCAAAUCAUCUCAAAUGAUCUCUGUCCCUUGAGCUACUGGAUUAACUGAUAGCAGUUGCAGGCUGCCUUCCUUGCUGUUGAACUGGACUAGAAAAAGCAAGGGAGAUUGCUGGCUGGUUUCAUAUUUAUGUGCAGAUGGUGGUGAAGGAAGUUUGGGGUAUCCUGAGUACAUUUUCAGGCCUCUGCUCCAGCAGGCACAAGUGCUUCUGUUCUUCCCGCAGCUGUGACCACUGUGGCCUGAUCCCAUCCAUUCUGUUGUUCCAGACCUUGCCAGGCAGUUGUCUCCUGCUGCUGUUUUCUCCAGCUAGGCAGUGUCUGCUCCUCAGCCUCUCAUCCUAGGUCCCUUCUCUUUGAAUUUUCUAUCCAAGGUCCCUUCUCUUUGCAAUUUCUAUCCAGUCUCACUGGUGUGAACCUCCCCACCCCUCUCUAGUUUCCUUGCCUUGCUAGAUCCAGCUCAGCAUCCAAUCUGCCUAUUCUCUCAGUACAUUCACUGGUUCAUAAUUCCAGUUUCUGUGUUUGCCAAAUUAGCUUGCUCGCCCAUUCUUUUCACCUGCUACCCUUCUCUUUCCUCCCUCUUUCUUCUCUUGUGACUGGUUUCUGUGGAAAGUUCACAGGUUCCCUGGUUCUAAUUUUCCUUUAAAACAUCUCACUUUCCUACACCCAGGUUUCCUCUUUCUAGUGCAGCAGUUAUCCCAAUUUUCAUUCAUUAAGUCUUUGCCUUUUUUUUUUAAAUUAUGGUACAAGAGUGUAGACACAGACCCUCUCAGCUCCCAAAAUGGGUGAUGUAGAAACAGGUCCAACACAAUUCACAGCAUUGCAGGAGUCCACUGGAGUAAGAGCUGAUCCCAGUCUGUACUGGAUGACUCAUGGUGUUUGGAACCUGUGAGCAGUUUAGUUGCAAAAAGUCUGCUGAAUGUGUAUGUAGUAUUGUUUUCCAAAAAUCUGUAAUUUGACCCAAGUGACUUGUGAGUAGAAGCUUCCAGGUUUAACGUGUCUAGUAGUAACACGAGAAGCUGUGAUCAGGCUUGAUCACAUGUUGCUUGGCAAGACAUCCUGAAGAAAAUGUGUUUUCAGCUCACUUUUAUGCCAUCUACAACAUGGUACAUCGAAGAGAGCCCAUCCCUGAGGCGUAUGACCAUGAUGAGGGAGAAGGGAAGGCGACAGGCCAUUCGGGGCCCGGCCUUCAUGUUCAACAACAGGGGCACGAGCCUGACGGCCGAGGAGGAGCGAUUCCUGGAUGCUGCCGAGUACGGGAACAUCCCCGUGGUGCGCAAAAUGCUCGAGGAGUCAAAGACGCUGAAUGUCAACUGCGUUGACUACAUGGGCCAAAACGCCUUGCAGCUCGCUGUGGGGAAUGAACAUUUGGAAGUGACAGAACUUCUGUUAAAAAAAGAGAACUUGGCACGGAUUGGAGAUGCCCUGCUGCUCGCAAUCAGCAAGGGUUACAUUAGGAUAGUGGAAGCAAUUUUGAAUCAUCCUGGGUUUUCAGUAAAUAAGCGACUGACUCUGAGCCCUUGUGAGCAGGAGCUCCAGGAUGAUGAUUUUUAUUCCUAUGACGAAGACGGUACCCGCUUUUCUCCAGACAUCACUCCCAUAAUUUUAGCCGCCCACUGCCAAAAAUACGAGGUCGUGCACAUGCUGUUGAUGAAGGGAGCGAGGAUAGAAAGACCUCAUGAUUAUUUCUGCAAAUGUAAUGACUGUACAGAGAAGCAAAAACACGAUUCUUUCAGUCACUCUAGGUCAAGAAUAAAUGCGUACAAAGGACUGGCCAGUCCGGCUUACCUGUCCCUCUCCAGCGAAGAUCCAGUGCUCACUGCUCUCGAGCUCAGCAAUGAACUUGCGAAGUUGGCCAACAUUGAAAAAGAAUUCAAGAACGACUACCGCAAGCUGUCCAUGCAGUGCAAGGACUUCGUGGUUGGCGUCCUGGACCUGUGCCGGGACUCGGAAGAGGUGGAGGCCAUCCUGAACGGGGAUCUGAACGCGGAGCCGCUGGAAGCGCAGAGGCACCGAGCGUCCCUGAGCCGCGUCAAGCUGGCCAUUAAGUACGAAGUCAAAAAGUUUGUGGCCCAUCCAAACUGUCAGCAACAGCUACUGACAAUCUGGUAUGAAAACCUCUCAGGAUUACGGGAGCAGACCAUAGCUAUCAAGUGUCUGGUGGUGCUGGUUGUGGCACUGGGCCUUCCCUUUCUAGCCAUUGGUUAUUGGAUUGCACCAUGUAGCAGGCUUGGAAGAAUUCUUCGAAGCCCAUUUAUGAAAUUUGUGGCACAUGCAGCAUCCUUCAUUAUUUUCCUAGGCCUGCUGGUGUUCAAUGCUUCAGACAGAUUUGAGGGCAUAACGACCCUGCCCAAUGUCACUGUUACUGAUUACCCCAAGCAGAUCUUUAGGGUGAAGACCACCCAGUUCACCUGGACAGAAAUGCUGAUCAUGGUGUGGGUUCUUGGUAUGAUGUGGUCAGAAUGCAAAGAGCUGUGGCUGGAAGGACCCAGGGAAUACAUCUUGCAGUUAUGGAAUGUUCUGGAUUUCGGGAUGCUGUCCAUUUUUAUUGCUGCUUUCACAGCCAGGCUGCUGGCAUUCCUUCAGGCCACAAAAGCACAACAGUAUGUGGACAACUACAUUGAGGAGAACGACCUCUCCGAGGUCACCCUUCCUCCAGAAAUUGAAUAUUUUACUUAUGCUAGAGAUAAAUGGCUCCCAUCUGAUCCUCAGAUAAUAUCUGAAGGCCUUUAUGCAAUUGCUGUUGUUCUCAGCUUUUCUCGGAUCGCCUACAUCCUGCCUGCAAAUGAGAGUUUUGGGCCCUUGCAGAUCUCCCUUGGAAGGACUGUUAAGGACAUCUUCAAGUUUAUGGUCCUUUUUAUUAUGGUAUUUCUUGCAUUUAUGAUUGGAAUGUUCAUACUGUACUCCUACUACCUUGGAGCUAAACUAAACCCAGCCUUUACAACAGUGGAAGAAAGUUUCAAGACCUUAUUUUGGUCGAUAUUUGGCUUGUCUGAAGUAACCUCUGUUGUCCUCAAAUAUGAUCACAAGUUCAUUGAGAACAUUGGUUAUGUUCUUUAUGGCAUAUACAACGUCACAAUGGUGGUGGUUCUGCUCAACAUGCUGAUUGCUAUGAUCAACAGUUCAUAUCAAGAAAUUGAGGAUGACAGUGAUGUAGAGUGGAAGUUUGCUCGUUCUAAACUUUGGCUGUCAUAUUUUGAUGAUGGAAAAACAUUACCUCCUCCCUUCAGUCUUGUACCAAGCCCCAAAUCUUUUUUCUAUUUCAUCAUGAGGAUCAUUAACUUUUCUAAGUGCAGGAGGAGACGGCUACAGAAGGACAUUGAAAUGGGAAUGGGAAACUCCAAAUCAAGGUUAAACCUUUUCACUCAGUCAAAUUCCAGAGUUUUUGAAUCCCACAGUUUUAACAGCAUUCUCAAUCAGCCAACACGCUAUCAGCAAAUAAUGAAGAGACUGAUAAAACGUUACGUUCUGAAAGCACAAGUGGACAAAGAAAAUGAUGAAGUCAAUGAAGGAGAAUUAAAGGAAAUCAAACAGGACAUCUCCAGUCUUCGCUAUGAACUGUUGGAGGAUAAGUCCCAAGCAACAGAAGAGUUGGCAAUUUUAAUACAUAAACUCAGUGAGAAACUAAAUCCUAAUAUGCUGAGAUGUGAAUGAUUCAGCAAAGGAACCGUGGCUUCGACUACAGCACAACUAUUUAUUGGCAAUAAUAUUUCAGUAUCUUAUACUUGAAAAAAAUGUAUUGUAGAUUUUUAGCACUAAAUAACUUUAUGUACAGCUUCUCUGGAAUUUAGUCUUAGGAACUUUUAUUAACUCACCACAGAAAGAUUGCUCUCUUCAUUUUAAUUGUCUAAAAGCAAGAACUAUCAUAACUUUUUUUUUUGCAUUUAUGCAUUAAAAAGGUAUAAUGGUAUCGAUUGCUGAUAUUUUAACAGGUUUAUGAUUACAUAUGGAGAUUCUUUGCACUAAAUUUGCAAGACAAAAAAUUAACAGAUAGAGCGUAAUACUCUGUUCCUUGCAGUGUCCAGGUACAAAAUAGGAUUUUUCGUACUACAAUAAACCAACUAGAGAUGA